CUCAACUUCUCUCCCGAAGUCAAUGACAACGUGAGACUAAAAUACAUUGCCUACCAUUGGCCCUAAUACCAUUCACCUUUUUGGGUCAAUUCCUUUUUUUUUAUACCCUCAGAGCACAAUGAGGUCCACAUUACGAUUGCUAGCGAACGUCAAGCCGGCUCGGUACCUAGAGCCUUUCGCUCCCACCGGCUUGACCGGCCUUGUCACUCAUCCCAGUCCCCGCCCAACUUUGAUCUAUCUCUACACAACUACCCUACAGAAGCUGAAUGCCUUCCCCGAGUCUUCCGCCUAUCGCCAGUCCACCGAGGCAUUGACCCGCCACCGCCUGCAAAUCGUUGAGUCUACGAAACCUCCUGGUUAUGAGGCUUGGUUGGAGCGUGUGAAGAAGGCCAUUGGUACUGAACCCGAGCGGUUCGCUUCGCUUCUUCGCCCGGAUGGCUCGUACGCGGCGGCUAUGCGCGAUGAUGGAAGCGACAACCCUCGUGGUGAGGAAUGGGAUGGAGAAGCUCUUGAGGAGACUAGUGAAGGUCCUGCUCGUACUCCGGAAGAAGAAGCUCGCUGGCAUCAGGCCAUCGAGGACUCCACCAAAGCAGAGAGGGAGUCUGACUUCCAAACCCACGCCAUUAAGUGGGAGAACGAGCCCGCUUUGGAAGCAGAGCAGGUUGCCGAGAUUGAGAAACAAAUUGGCGCCGGCCUCCUUGAGGAGGUUAUUCAGGUUGCUGAGGGCGAAUUGAAGCUUGUUGACGAGUUGUACAAGUCUAAGGUUUGGGAGGAACUAGAGGAAAAGCCCAGCCCUGGCCAGUGGUCCUACUUUGAGCGCAAAGACUCUGCAUAGAGGCUGACUCGGAUGAAUUAAAAGACUUGUUCAUCUCUAUGAUCCAUAACCCCCUUGUAUUUAUUAGCCGACGCGUGUCAAAUGGAAAGGGACGCUACCUUGGCAAAAUUAUAUCCAUUAUUAGAAGUUUCAUGUCUUUAUGCCCUAUACAGCAACCAUCUCUUGCGUAAUAGACCAACUUGGCUGAUUGUUGACGGUUCGGCACACCCAUAAGCGAUGGUGACGACCAAGCUGUGGUGGUCUUGUAAGUAAGACACUAUUCCUUUUGGAUGAGCAGGAUAUAUGCGUGAAACGAAUUGGAC